AUGGAGGUCUUCUUAUGCUUUAAGGAAAAUUGCUCCCAACAUCCUGAAUUUAUCUGCAGAUGCGCUGAGCCAAUAACUUUUAUAUGCUCUAUUCAUAUAGCAGACCACAUAUCAUUAACAUCAUCUAAUCAUCAUAUAGAAAAAUUAUAUUUUAUUCCAAAUGAGACCUCCAAAAAAGUAAUUGUGAAUUUUUUGAAUGAAAAGAUAAAUUCAUUAAAUGAAAUGUCAAGAAAAAUUUAUGCGAAAGAAGUUGAAAAGUAUAAUCGUUCUAUGGAGCUAAGAACAAGUAUAAGCAAACAAAUUCAUGAAGAUUCCAAAAAACUUAAAAAUAUAAUAGAAAUGAUCAGAAAUACAGAAAAUGUGACCAAGUUUGAAGAGGAUCCUUUAAAGAAAUUAUUAGUCCUUUCGCCUGAAGAAGCUCUAGAGAAUUUAUGCUUUUUUAAUUAUUUAUUGAUUAUUAUUGGCAAAUAAAAAGCUAUUUCGCUCUUAUAAUAAUGCAAAAAUUAAUAUAAAUUAAUGCAUAAAUAUAAUAAAAUAAAUAAAAAAAUUUAAUUCAAAAUGAUGAGUAUUUUAAUGAAAUGGAUGAAAAUAGAGAAAUCGAUUAUAUAGUAAAAAGCCUAGUUAAAAAAGAAUUUGAAUCGACUAAUACUAGGAUCAACAAGCUGGAAAACGAAAAUAAAAUACUGCACGAAAAAAUAGAAAAAUUUGAAAAAGAAAAAUUGCAUAUUGAAAAAAUUGAGAAAAAAUACAAAAGUUAUAUUGAUGAAAUGAAUGAAAAAAUCCAAAAAUUAAGUGGCUACAUUGACCACCAAAAAGGAUUAAUAAAAUCAUUAGAAACAAGAUACAAUUUUUCUUCACAAGCUUUAGACCAUAUGGCUACAGAAAGAUGUGGUGCUACCCUUUGGGUUGAUGUAAAAAUCAAUUGCCCUGCCAAACUUUCAAUAUUAGCUGCAAGCCUAGUAGAAUCUUCUGAAAAUAUAAAGAAAUCUUUAAGUGAGCUUAGAGCUCUUGAAAAAGAUAUAACUAAGUGGACUAGAUCUUUGCAUGAAAUUAUUACUAUGUCAAAUAGCCAAGAAAUGUGUGAAAUCCCAAGUAUUGAAGAAAGAAUUUAUUACUGUUUUCGUAAGCUGGAAGAAAUUAAAGGUGAACUACAAAGCAAUAUAGUAUGGGUUCAAAGCUAUAGAAACCAAGCCAAAAAAAAUAAGGAAAUUACAGGAGCAAUAAAUAUUCUAAAUGACCUAGACAGCGAUUUAGCAAUUUGUGAAAAUCUUGAUAAAUCUUUUUCUCAUAGUCAUGAGAAAGUGCAGAGAUAUAAAGAUUUUUUUUAUCAAAAUAAUUUCAGGAAUAUACAAGCGUUUAAUAUGGGAAAAUUAUUUUCUUUUAAAACUAGAGAAGUAUUGGCUAAUGGAGAAAAAUCUAGAGAAACUUUCCUUCAAUCAAUAAAUAUAUAUUGCUAUAGACUAAUUUGUAUAUAAAAAAUAUUUAUUCCGAGCACGAUUGCUUGAUUAUUUUAUAUUAUAAUUCAAUAAAAUAAUGUAUAGAAAAACUAGAAAAAGAGGAAAUAAAACUGGAAAUUCAAAAAAAUUUAUUAAGCACUUCAAUAGCUUAUAUGCCAGACAAUGAAUUAUUUUUAUAUGGAAAUGAAGAAAACGGGAUACCCAGUGGGCUCUGUUUUAUUUAUAAUGUAAUAAAUAGCAGAAUCCAAAUCCUUCCUGAAGGUCCUAGUUCAUAUAAUUCAGGCUCAGCUUAUUAUAACAAUUCUGUAUAUAUAUUUGGAGGGCAAGAUACUACUGGAGACUUGCCAAUUGCUUUAAAAUUUGAUUUAAUUGAAAGAAAAUGAAUAUUUUUACCUCCAAUUCCUGAGCCAUCAUCCCUAUGCUCUUGUCUGCCAUUUAAUGAAAAUUUGCUAUUUUCUGGUAUAAACCAUGACAAAUUAUACCGAUAUAAUAUUAAAGAAGAAAAUUACUCAAUUAUUGAUAUAGAUAUAGUAAAAGAUUCCACAAAAAUUCUGAUGUCAGCUAGAGGCAAGGCCUAUAUAAUUGAUUGCCAAGGAUUAAUUUAUGAAAGUAAUAGAGGUGAUGAAAACAUAUGGGUUUCUGUAACAAGUGCCUCAUUGCCCAACUUCUGCUAUAUCUUGAUGAAAUGAUUGAUUUUUAUUUAGAUUAAUAAGAAAAAAAUAUUAAUAUAUGUAUUAAAAGCAAUAUCCGAUUCAAAGGAUUUUUUAUGAUGAUAAAUUGUAUUUUACUCAUAAAAAUGGAGGAGUUUAUGAAUUUUUAUUUGAUAGAGGAUCAAUUUCUUAUAAAAUAUAA